AUGACGUUUCUUCUUCUCUGUUUGAGCAUCUCUUUACUAUGCAAGGUAGUUUUCAGUCACCACGAUGGUGGACAUGAAGAUGAUUAUGGGAAAGGAAAACACGACUCACACCAUCAUGUUCAUGGCAAUGAAAUCGUACCAUCCAAUUCUCAGUUUGCCUUUAGAUUAUUCAAACAGGUAAACAGUGCAAAACCUUUAGAGAAUAGUUUAUUUUCAACUGUUGCCAUUCCCACUGCUUUUGGCAUGCUUUCGGAAGUAGCUAGGUCCAAGACCCAUGACGAGAUCUUAAAUGGUAUUGGCUCCAAGAACUCUGAAACCGCAAAGGAUGAUUAUAAUGCUUGGUUCCGGGUCAUUUUCAAUGUCCUUAGUCCCCUUGAUAGCGAGCUCCAGCUCAACCGUGGGAAUGCCCGUUUUAUAAACAAAAAUGUCAAAACGCUCCAGCCAUUUUUAGAUCGAGUCAAGAGACAUUCCGAGUCAGAAGCAUUUUCUAGUGACACAAAUUCUGAUGAAGCAAAAGAACAGAUCAACAGCUAUAUGAAUAAGAACACCAAUGGGAAAAUUCCAGAAUUGCUCAGUAGUAUUGACAAGGACACGAUUUCACUCUUGGACAACUGGAUUUUUUUCAGAGGUAAGUGGGAAAUGCCAUUUAAUGAAGAAUUUACUAGUGAAGGAGAUUUCCAUGUUGAUGAGAACACAGUUGUGACAGUGCCAUUUAUGAGGAGAACCGGCAUGUAUAACGUAUUACUGUCUGAAAACGUUACCGUGGUGGAGAUUCCAUACAAGGGCAAUGCUUCAGCUCUGUUUAUCUUACCAAAGGAGGGAAAACUCCGACACAUCGAACAGAAUCUUCAGGAAUCCACAAUCAAGACAUGGAAGAGCAAACUUGAGUCCCAGUACGUGGAAUUAUCCCUUCCUACAUUUUCACUUUCUCUUGCUCUGGAUCUUAUAGAGACUUUUGACAAACUGGGAAUAACUAAGGUAUUUUCAGACGCUGCUGAUCUUCCUGGGAUUACAGAGCAAGCCAAGUUAAAAGGGUCCAAGGUGGUCCACAAAGCAUAUCUGAGUGUUAGUGAGAAAGGAACAGAGGCCUCAGCAGUGACAGCCCUUGAGAUAAUGCCUGUGAGUCUUCCAUCAUCUAUUGUAAUUAAGUAAUGACCUUUCCUUGUG